AUGGUUCUUGAAAACUCCUCAUCCAAAGAGGCAAACGGAUCGUUCGACUCCGCUCCUACCUCCGAUAGCGAUCCUUAUGCGCCUUCGGAACAAGGCAAAGGCCAAGCUGCCGGUGUUCAAACAUACAAAAUCGAUGGCAGUAAGAUACCUCAACCACUACCGGUAUUCGGUCCUCUGUUCGGGUUCAAUGAUGCCCUUUUAACCAAGAUCAUCAAUGCCCGCAUUCAAAAUUCGAGUAAAAUCACCAAUCGUCCACUCAGACAAGAAGAAAUCGAUGCCCUUGCAUUUCAUACUGCAAAGAUAAUUAGGAUCAAUUCAUUUGCACCUGUUGCAGGUUUAUCUGCGGGUAUUUACAGAGCAGUUCAAACGGCUUCCACCUUUCGUUUUCCAUUCUACCAACCAAACCUCGAGGCUUUCAAUUCAAGCGUCUUUCCCCAUGCGAAAAUGCCGUAUAUCAAAGGACCUCCGGCACUAAUUGCUUGGCAUGCAUUCAGAGGUUUAUGUUAUGCUUACAUAGGAACGACAGUAUCGAAGUUACUCUUUGGGGGAUAUGCAGCUAGUGUUGGGGCCGUAGGACAAAUGGGCGAUACGCGAUUGAAGGAUAUCGUAAAGGCUACAUCAGAAGAAGUUGCGAGACAUCAGAAAAAUCUACCUAGUCCUGCAGGGAUUCCCAGACCCCCCAUGAAGCCAGGACAAGGACAACCGCAACCACAGACUCGAAGUACACAAGGAUAUGAUGAUGCUAGUCCGACUGGGGAGGCGGAGUGGUCUGAAGAAGAUAAUGCACCUGCAUCUGCACAGACAACUUCUCAAAUAUUCCCACAAGCGAGAGGUUGGCCACAGAGAAAACCAGUCCCUGCACAAGCCCCAGCACAAGAAGAGGAAAAACCGUUCGAUUUGUUCGAUGAUGCUUCGCCUACCAACGGCCAAGGAAUGGCUACCGAACCAACAACACCCCAAUCUUCUAGACAGACAGGUUCAGCAUGGGAUCGAAUCCGUCGUGGCGAAAAACCAGCUUCGAAUUCCACUACCACUUCAUCACAACCACCAAAAUCUGGAUGGGCAACAGUACAAAACAGUAAACCUAAAGCAUCGAGUGAUGGCACAUCGAGUGCAGAUAGCUUUGCAUUUUCCAAGACGGAGGAGGAGAGAAACCUGGCUCAAGUAGAAGCACAGAAGGAAUUCGACGCUAGGGUUGAAAAGGAAAGGAGAGGGGGGGAUUUUAGUAGUGGUGGAGAUCAAAAGAGAUGGUAA